AUGCAAAAGAUUCCCCAAGGGAAACCCUUCAAAGUCUCGACUAGAGCUGUGAGAUUCAGCUCAGCAGUACUUUGCACAGCCCUGCAUGUUGAUGACCGGUCGAUUCAAACUGUUCUGCCUACAUUGUGGCUGCGCCGCUCCGUGGAAAGCAGCGAUGCGGAGCUAGUUGCAAAUGCCCGUGACGUUGCGAAUUGA